GGAAGUUUGUCUUCCUCAUCACUGGAGGAUCUCAUACUUAAUCGCUUCAACUACCGAGUGACAAACAUGACAGAAAUGUAAAAGUAAGAUGCUGAGUCCAACGAGUCAGAAGAACGUCAGCGAAGAAGACAGUUCUGGAUCCGAUGCAGGGUCAGAGUUCGGUCCUGAACUUGAGACAGACCGCUUUGGCUUUAUUCUGACAAAUGGAUCGACAGCUGGGACUGUGGGCCCACCCCCUGAGUUGGUCCGGCAGAGGGAGACCAAGUGGAUACAUAUCAUUAGCCAAUGGGAUCGCAUCCUGUUGAAGAAGACCAGUAAGGUCAAAGUGCAGUGUCAGAAAGGCAUCCCAGCCUCACUCAGAGCUAAGUGCUGGCCUCUGCUGUGUGGAGCCACUGACAAGAUGAAACAAAGCGAAAACCUCUUCCAGUCUUUGGACUCGCAGUCGGCUCUGCAGAGCUGGGUGGAUGUGAUCGAGAGAGACCUGGACCGACAGUUCCCUUUCCAUGAAAUGUUCCUUUCCAAGGAUGGACAUGGGCAGCGUGGUUUGUUCCGGGUUUUGAAAGCCUACACUCAGUACCAACCAGAGGAGGGUUACUGCCAGGCACAGGGGCCUGUGGCUGCAGUGCUGCUGAUGAACAUGCCUGCUGAGGAGGCCUUCUGGUGUCUGGCGCAGAUUAGUGAGCAGUACCUGCCUGGAUACUAUAGCCCUCUGCUGGAGGGAGUCCUGUUUGAUGCGGCCAUGCUUACCUGGGUCUUGAAAAGGACGUGUCCAGCUGCACACAAACACCUGCAACACCACGGGGUGGAGCCCCUCAUGUUCGCCACAGACUGGCUGAUGUGUCUCUUCACACGUCACCUGCCCUUCAACACACUGCUCAGAGUCUGGGACCUUUUUUUCUGCCAUGGGGUGCGGGUGCUGCUCCAGGUGGCGGCGGUGCUGGUGCGUCGGGUGCUGGGCCGGGCCGAGCAGAGGAAGCAGUGUCAGGGUCAGAUGGAGACUCUAGAGAGGCUGAGGGGCGUCAGGGAAGAGGUCCAAGAGGAAGAUGACACGUUCAUAGCAGAGGUGUGCUCGGUACAGCUGUCUGCCAGAGAUCUGGAGAAGCAGUCGGAGAAGGAACUACAAAAGUGGAGGAAAGACAGACCCUCAUCCACCUUUGACCCCACAGGUCGCUGCCAAGGAUACCGGAUAGCGUGGGCGAGGGCUCGACAGAACGAGGAAGAGCGGGACAGGAACGAAAGAAAGAGUGGGAACCUGUCCAUCCCUCUUGCUCGCUCGGCCUCCCUUCUCUCGCUGUCUCCCUCCCUCCUUCACAGGAGGUGGAGAAAAGGGGGAAGGGAGAGCUCACGCGAAUGGGACGGAGGCAGAAAGGUUGUGAGGAAUCUCUCAAUGGGAGCAAAGGAGGACUGCAGGAGCUGGGCCGCGUUUAAUUUUAAGAAGGUGGAGGAGGUUCAGGAGGAGGAGGACGUCGUUUUAGAUAAACAUGAGAAAUUAACAGGACAAACUGAAAAGAAAGAACUUUUAGAAGAACCUAAAGAGAUGAACAUCCAAAAUAUGCCAACAGAGCAUUUAGAAGAAACAUUCAUUGUAAAAGAACCGAUUGAACAGGUGGAAACAAGAAUCACUGAAAAGGAGGAAAGCCAACACAAAGAGAAAGAGGAAAGCAAAAUGCUUUCAGAACAGACGGAAGAAACAACUGUGGAGACAAAACAAAGCAAAGAUCCGGUCAAAGAUCAGACUGUUGAAAAUAUUCUUCAGCCUGCUGAACACAAACAUGGAGAGGAGCUGGACUCUUGCAGCCAGUCACCAGUCCUGGAGCAGCAGAGUCACGAAAGCAAGAACCUGGAAAUUGAGGUGAAAGACACAAAUAAAGAGACAGAACAAAAAGAGUCAGAAAGUGAACAUACAGCUGCUGUAGAGCAACAUCAGACUGAGAUACAGGAAGAGGCUGAUGCAGAUAAAAACACAGAGGUGGAGACAGAAGAAAGCGUUUACCUACAUGAGGAACAGAGCAUUCAGGCUGACAUGAAACCAGAAGAGAGCACAGAAACUGAAAAUGUGCAACAGCUGCAGAUGGACACAGUCACAACUGAGACGAGCACAGGCUCAGAGACAGGCAGUGAAGACGGAGCGCCUACUGUCCAAGAUCCUACAGUAGAGAUGGAGACACAACAGCAAGAAGUGAUCACAGAGACAGACAAAAGCUCACAGGGAGACGCAUUUGAAGGAAAAUACCAUAUCAUUGAGUCAUUAGCAGAGAAGCAAAUGAAAGAAGAGUCCCACACCCAAACAGUGACCGAAACUGAAGAGCUGGCACAGACUCAAGAGAAGGGAGAGGAAAAUGAAGCGACACAGGAACUGGAGGAUGAAAUAAUACAAAUAGAUUCAGAACAACACAAAGAUUCGAAGACAGAAGAAGAAACAUUAAUACUGCAUUUAGCUGAAUGCAUCCAACCAAAAGAAAGCACCGACUCAGUAGCUGAAAGAGAGACUGAAGCAGAAAUACCAGUCGCAAACGACACAGAGACAAAGUCAAGUGAAGGAUUUGGGAAAGAGUGUGAUGCAGAACCUACACAAGUGGAAGAAGAAAGAUGUUUGACUGCAUACUCUGAGGCACAGGUUGGCAACGAUCAAACACAAGCAGAAGAAACACCAACAGAAACAGAGACGACUGACUGGAUAGCACCUCCACAGGCUGAAGCAGUGACUCUCACCGCCGAGCCUGAUGGGAAGAAGAGUCCAGCAGAAACAGAGACGGCUGACUGGAUAGCACCUCCACAGGCUGAAGCAGUGACUCUCACCGCCGAGCCUGAUGGGAAGAAGAGUCCAGCAGAAACAGAGACGACUGACUGGAUAGCACCUCCACAGCCUGAAGCAGUGACUCUCACCGCCGAGCCUGAUGGGAAGAAGAGUCCAGCAGAAACAGAGACGGCUGACUGGAUAGCACCUCCACAGGCUGAAGCAGUGACUCUCACCGCCGAGCCUGAUGGGAAGAAGAAUCCAGCAGAAAAAAGUACCUCUAAGGAACCUGCACCUGAACAACCAACGUGCCAAGUCUCUAUGGGGGCUGUGCAGGAGGAAGAAAGCCCAGAAACUGUCAACAAAAACACUGUGGGAGAGGACGACGUUUUCAUUUCUUCUGAACCAACAGACUCUCCAAAUAAACGACGAAACAGUGACGUGACACAAGCCUCCGGGCAUCACAGCAGCCGGUCUUCUGGGGAUUUCUGCGUCCGCAAAUCGUCCAACUCCCACGGGUCCAGGUUAGCACGUAGGCUCUCUGAAGAUCUCUUCAGCAUACCAGAGAAAACAAGCCAAUCACAAUCAACUCCUGACCACACAGAAGUUAAACACAGUGCUGUAAACCCAACCCACAGUCCUCCUGAUGCGACUUCAGAAGUCACCUCGUCACGGUCUGCAGUUACCGAGCGGAUGGCGGUGCAGCAGGAGCAGCUGCUGCCCGACCCCCCUAAACGUUUUGGUUUCUUCCGCAGACUGAGAGGAGAGCAGCCCAAAAUGGCAAAAGGGAUACCAAAAAUGGAAGUCCCCAAAAUCUUGAUUCAGGACUUCAGUGAUGGAACAGGGCUGGGGAAAGUGGUUAAGGUAGAAGUGGAUGAGAAACUGAGCUCCAGGGAAAGGAGGAGGAGGCGGAGGGAGCGAGAGAGAAGGGAGAAAGAGGAAGAGAGGUCAAGAAAGAAGAGAGAGAAGGAACUGGGGAAGGAGAGAGAGCGAGAGAGGAGAAAACUGCAGACGAAGGGGAAAGGUUUCCAGGUGCAAACUGAGAAAGGGAGCAGUGAUAGGACUCAACCUGAUAAGACUGGAUCACAGACGCUUAGAUAUUCUGUUUCUCAUGCUGAAUCUUACUUUUGACAAAAAAAAAAAAAUCUUUAUUGGAUAAGGAGGCAUGAUUUUACUUUAGUCCUUCAUUAUCCUGUCUCAUUGGCCUUUCUGCUGUGCGGAGAUCCCUCUUCUUAAAUCCUUUUGACAUGUAAAUAAUAAAUAAUGUUUACAUACUUUGAAAAA